AGUUUCUCCCGCAUAUUGCAAAUAAUCGCAACACUUCUUAUCGAUUGUCGCGAGACGUUCCUUUUUUUCCUCAUCUUUUCUGCAAGAUUUUCCGACUUUUUCACGUAUUUUCCGCAAGUUUUUGGCUAUUUUAGCCCGUCUUGUGCACCUGGAGGUAUUUUGUGUGCCAAAAUUGCGGGGAAAGUGUGAUGAAAAGCGAUGAAAAGUGAGUUGGAAAGAGGAAGUGCAUCGGAUUUUAUCAACGCAGUGACGUCGUAAAUUGCAAAAGUGCUUGAGAAUUAGUGUGCUGCAGCAAAGAAGUGUGAGAGAAGGUUUAGAGUGGAAUUGCAACAUAGUCGUGACCCAGCAGUGUCAAGGCGAAAGCUCAAAAUAUCAUCCAGUUCAUAAAAGAAAAAAAAGGAAAAUUUCACAAAAAGGUUGAUUUAUUUUCACUGGACCCCCUACAAUGUUGAGGGUAUUUUUCUUCUUUCACUGUGAUCCCUUCGUGUGGAGCUGCAGCUGCAACUGAGAGCCCCAGAAAAUUUCCCUUUUUUUACACCAAAGCGUAGAGAAAACUCUUCAACCAUUCCUUCGAGGGACUUUGAGGACAUCAUGGACGAUGACACGGAGGACAAAGAUGAUUCCAAGAGAAAAUCUCGAAAUUUGAGCGAAAAAAAGCGCAGAGAUCAAUUUAAUUUACUUGUGAACGAAUUGAGCUCCAUGGUGUCGUCCAAUAAUAGGAAAAUGGACAAAUCAACAGUGCUAAAGUCAACAAUUGCAUUCCUGAAGAAUCACAACGAGAUUGCACUGAGAUCACGAAGCCACGAAAUUCAGGAAGAUUGGAAACCAUCAUUCCUAUCAAAUGAAGAAUUCACCCACCUCAUCCUGGAGGCUCUCGAUGGCUUCAUCAUGGUCUUCUCAUCCACCGGGAGGAUUUUUUAUGCCUCCGAAAGUAUUACCUCACUCCUUGGGCAUCUUCCGAGCGAUCUCCUCAACAUGACGAUCUAUGACCUGGCAUACGAAGAGGAUCACUCAGAGCUUUACAACGUCCUACUGAAUCCUGCAGCUAUAACAGAUCCUCUGCAGAAUAAUCUCACAAGAGAAAAUCAAAUUCUCUUUUCGUGCCACCUGAAACGAGGAUCCAGUGAGAAUGAUAACCGUGAUGGACUCACCUAUGAGCUUGUUCAAUUUGUUGGCUAUUUCCGAACUGACGUCGACAUCGAGAAUAUGCUUCCAAAUGCACGGAAUUGCAUUUACCCAUCGGAUGCUGAUACAAGAUUAAUUUUUGUGGGAACAGGACGUUUGCAGACUCCUCAACUUAUUCGGGAGAUGUCCAUUGUGGAUUCAACAAAGAGCGAAUUCACCUCCAGGCAUAGUUUGGAGUGGAAAUUCCUCUUUCUCGACCACAGAGCUCCUCCCAUUAUUGGCUAUUUGCCCUUUGAAGUCCUCGGGACAUCAGGAUACGACUACUAUCACUUUGAUGAUCUCGAGAAGGUCAUAACCUGCCAUGAAGCAUUGAUGCAGAAAGGCGAAGGAACAUCCUGCUACUAUCGCUUCCUAACAAAAGGGCAGCAGUGGAUCUGGCUGCAGACACGCUUCUACAUAACGUACCACCAAUGGAAUUCAAAGCCCGAAUUUGUGGUUUGUACGCACAGGGUGGUAAGCUAUGCGGACGUGAUGAAGCAAUCCAGGAAUGGCGGAGAUGCCGAAAUGACGGAUUCCCUGGAGAAGGAUCUCGAAGAAGUCGAUGGGACGACAGAUCGACAAAUGCCAACCACGGCAAAUUCUCCGUGGAGCUCAAAAAGUUCCCGCAUGUCCAGAUUUGCCGUCACACCGGGUUCCCCGAGUGUUAAGAGUCGCCAAAGGUAUAACACCUACCACGGAACUGGGUCUGAUUCAUCCGUCUCAGCGGAAUCCCACACAAGCCGCCAUUCUCUUAUCACGCAGUACAGUUCUCGCUCUCGGUUGCGACAACAUUCCCACCCAUCGAAGACUACCCAAUCGCAGGGGAUACACCAGAUGACUCAAGCAUCUGGGCAGACGGCAUCGCAGAAUGUCCAUCAGCGACAGGUGCAGGCGCCACAGAUGAUGGGUCCAACAUUCCUAGAACCACCGCAGUACAUCACAGCCAUUCCUGUGCAGCCCGUACUGGCGCCGGCACCCUUCACAGCCGCCGCGACAGUCAUUCAACCCCUCCAGCCCACUGAACUCAUCCAUAGUGGCGUUGUGAUGACAUCCGCCCAGAGCCAGAUCCAGGAUCAACUGCAACGGAAACACGAGGAGUUGCAGCAUCUAAUUGUGCAGCAGCAGGAAGAGCUACGGAGGGUUUCAGAACAACUCCUCAUGGCUCGCUACGGGCUGCUUCCGUCGAUUGUGAACGUCACACUGGCCCCAUCGAGUGGGCCAUCCAAUCGUCAGUCCGUUAACAGCACUGUAACCCACCUGCACGCAACACCUGCACAGAACGCCGUUCCCAUGAUUGAGCAUCCUGAGCAAGAUGGGAGUAUGACAACAGAUCAGGGAGGUGGUGAGAUUGUGUCAUACAUGCAACUGAAUCCCGUUCCUUCGUCACACCUGCAGCAGCAGAAUCAGCAGCAACAUUCCGAUGCUGAGCCGCUGUCGUACCAGAUGCCAGAUCAGGGUCAGAUUAUGUUCGAUCCCGGGAAUCUCCGUUCUCCUUCAUCAGAGCCGCACAGUCAAUAGACAGAGGAGUGAGAGAAUAAAUCCGCAGGCCCGUGCAGGGAGAAAAAAAAAGUCUUGAAAUUAAAUUAAAAAAAAAGUGGAAGAAUUUAAUUAUUGCUGUGACAUGUCAGAGGAGAAUACAUUGAGCGAAGGUUAUCGCAUGGGUUAAGCAUGUGUUACGACCAAACACUCUAAAUUAAAUUACUAAGUCAAGUAGAUUUGUGUAUAGAGAGCAUCUCGCCCCGAAAACCAGAGGCGUGUGACGUCCUCAGCAUCUCAAACAGGGUAAAACGCUGUGAAAAAUAAAUCUUAAGUGUGACAAUAUGUCUUUUAUUUCCCAUCUCGGGGUUGGGGACAAAUCAAUUGAGAGGUCAGAGAGGCUUUAAACUGCGAUAGCGCACAAUUUGACUUUAUAAAAGAAAAUAUUACAUAUAUAUAACACUUAACAUACAUAAGUAGUACAAUUUCUGAAACGCAGAAGCACAUUUGGACUCCGCACGAACAAAACAGAUCAUGCCUUUAACUUCCUAAAUGCAUUCUGGAGGACACUAAACUCCAAGUUGAUGUUGUUCAUCAGAUUCGCAAUCUGUGGCUUGGAGUCGAGGAUAUCAACGCUCUGGGUGUAGGGGUUAUAGCGAACACCAAAAGGCCUCGGGAUUGUAUUGGCGUAUUUGCUACAAAGCACAGAAAAUUCAUUAAAAGGCUUCUUUUAGAAUUAUUGUUAAAGCAGGAAGCAGACUUACAUCAUUUUCUCCUUUGAAUCCUCAAAACUGUCGGCGAUGUAAUAAACCGGCUGGUACUCUGUAAUUGGGUACUUCUGCAGGCCGGUCUUCUCUGGAUCAAAUUCACGUACUUCAGGCUUGUCACUGAGGCAGUACUGCAGUUCACCGUAUGAUGAAAGCAGACCAGCUCCGUAGGCCUUAAGUUCAUCACCCUGCCUGCACAGGCCAAAUUCCACUGUGAACCAAAAGCACUGAAAAGAAAAACCAGAGACUUCAGUAAAAUCAUGAAGAGUCAGAACUUGUUCAGCUAACUGAGCUAGCUUUUCUGGUUAAGCCUUAUUAUUUAUUUAGCGUAGUAAAAGAGAAGGAUUUAUCAGAAAAAUCAACAGAGUGGCUUAAGCAGGCAACUUCAACUAAUCUGGGUUCUCCAACUAAGCAGGUUUCUUCAACUUAGCAGAAUUCUUUAACUAAACUGUUAACUCCAACAAAUUUCUUACCAAAAUUCUUCAACUUACCGUAGCUAGCUUCUCGAUGUAAUCAUCAGGAGCUCCAAGAGAAGCCAAUCCAAUUUCCUGGGAGAAUUGAGCGAAUUCUGGAUCACUGAAGAGCGGAGCAUGACCCAAGAGUUCAUGACAGACAUCUGGUUCAGGUGUGUAGAGAGGCUUGCUGGGAUGACGAAUAUAUUGCGUUGAGUGGAAGACACGGAAAGCAAGUCCAGCGAGAAAAUCACGAGAGGAGAGAAGACCAGCAACAGGACGUAGCGUAAAUCCUGUACAAUCUUUCAAGAAGUUCGAAACGUCCUCCAGUUGCGGGAUAUUGUCCUCGCGGUAGCCUAUUUAGGAAUGAAAAAAAAAUAUAGAAGAAACUGUUAAGUUUUUAAUAUUCUUCAGGUUUUAUUUAAUCUUCUUUAAAGAUUGUUUUUAAAAAAUAUUAAUUUUCAUAAUAAAUAAAAAAGUUAAUUUUGAACAAA